CCCGCAUUCCCGUCCCCGCACGGAGCGCGGCGGAGCCCAGAUGGUGGACCGGCGCUGUGUUCGGCUGCGCCUUCCUCCCGGCGCGCAGGCCCUGGCGGCCCCGGCGAUCGGCCCGGACUUCGAGCCGCCGCCCCGGCCGGACCUGCGCUCGUCCAGCUCUGCCGCCUCCAGCCUUGCACCGUCGUACCUGCUGCGGAGCGUCCAGAGCGGGCCCCGCUUCAGGGGUGAAGGCGACAGCGACGGCUCUGCGGGCCGGAAGAAGGAAGCCGUCUAUGGCACACAACAUCGGGCGCUCGUCAGCCACUUAAAUGGGACUAGCCCGGCUGCCGAUCUCAAAGUCUCGAGCGCCAGGUUCCCCUGCGUCUCCCUCAGUGGAUCCCCCGUCUCCCUUGGGAGCCGGGAAAGUCACCUGAGUGGAGGCCAGGAUUCCCCUUCAGAGGCAUCUCCUUGGACGCCAGGGACUGAGGAAGGCCGUGGUGCCACGGACCCCGAUGCUCAGCACUGCAAGAUGUACUUGACACUCAUGUUCCGUGUGAAGGGUUCCUGCCUGGUCAAACCCUCAGUCUGCCUGGCCCUGCUAUGCCCUGCCUUCCUGGUGGUCGUGGUCCGCGUGGCUGAGUACCGCAACCACUUGUCGGACGUUCUGGCUGGCUUUCUUACCGGGGCAGCCAUCGCCACCUUUCUGGUCACCUGUGUCGUGCACAACUCCCAGAGCCGGCUGCCUUCUGGCCGAAGGCUCUCCCCCUGGGAGGACUUGGGCCAAGCCCCCACCAUGGAGAGCCCCCUCGAAAAGUUUAGUGUGGCCCAGAGCCGCAGAAGUGCACCCGCCAUGGCCACCUGAUCCCCAGCUGCGUGUCCUCCAGGGCUCCAGCCAUGUGUUCGUCGCCCUGUGUGCCCCACCCUCGGUUGAGGUCUGAGCCGACACCGCUGCCCCUGCCUGUGCCUGCACCAGCUCCCAGCCAGGGCCCCUCACCCUCCUCCCCGGGGCCUGGGGGGCCAGGUGGGGGAGGCGGACGUGGUCGGAAGCUGCUGCUGCCCACACCUCUACUGCGGGACCUGUACACCCUGAGCGGACUCUACCCCUCCCCUUUUCACCGGGACAGCUUCAGCCCUUACCUAUUUGCCAGCAGUGACCACCUGCUGUGAGGCCCCACCACCCACCCAGAACCUACCCGCUCCCCGUUUUUCCCCUGCUAUGCGUGUGUGUGCGUGUGCCGUGUGAGUGCCAAAGCCCCCUGUCCCCAAACCAGCCAGGCAAAAGGUAUCAGUGACUGGCUGGAAGGACAUUAGGGGGACCCUCCGCCUCUCUUGUCCUCCGGGACCAUCCAAGGGGCAUAACUAGGAGGUGGGCUUCUAGGGUGGCUCCUUUAAGGGCCAAAACCUGACCCUAUUGGCAACUGCCAGCCAGUGGGAACCCCCAGUUCUCAGAAUUCUAACCAAAAGGACUUUACUUCAGCCAAUGGGAACCUGCCCCGUCAAUUCUUAGAAUCUCAGGCAGAGGGCAACUCCAGGCAGUGUUCAGCGUCUGAACAACCAGUAGGAGUCCUUGGUUUUCAGAAUUUCUAAGGUGGGUGGGUAUGAUUCCAGUCAAUGGGGGACCGCCAACGUCGUAGCACGUGCCAAGGAGAGGAGGAAGGUGGGGUCAUCCUUUGUCACUGGGUCUUCUCAGAAUGAGAAUGCUCAGCAGGAGGGUGGGGGCAGGCUCCCCCGCGGCAGGGUCCUUGGGGCACCUAUUCCUGUCUCAGCCCCGCCCCCAUGUGCAACCUCUCACUGAGUCCCUCCUAACUCCCUACUUACGCAGGGCUAGCCCCAGUUCAGAGGUUUUUGGGGUUCAGGGUGCUGUGCUUCCCCUUGCCUGAGCCCGGGUCACUGUAAACCCUUCUGUUAGUUAUUAGGGCUGUGGGAAGGGGCCUCUUUUUCCUGGAACCCACCCCUGUUCUCCACACCGUUCCCCAUGCCUCAGCCUCAUGCAGAUGUGCCAUUAUAGAGGACAUGGGUGGAGCAGAGAGGGCUCCCCCUCCUCGGGCAGCCAAAGGCACUGGGCAGAGGAGACACUGCCCCCGCUUUCCUGCUCCCUCCUCAUCUUUAAUAAAGACUUGUUUGUA